GCGGUAACCAUUCAGCCCAGUGUUGGGAAGAUACGUAGCAGCUGAGCACCCUGACUUUCUGACACCAUCCUCAGAUCAGUUUUGGAGAUGCUUUCACCCUGUCCGUCUUCUGCAGCAGCCAGGCAGAGUGCUGACUCUUUCACGGCCCUGAGGAACUCUUCAGCCUCCAGAAGUUCUUAAAUCCGAUCUACAAUGGAAAAAUUUCUUUUUUAUCUGUUUUUCAUUGGCAUAGCAGUGAAAGCUCAGAUCUGUCCAAAGCGUUGUGUCUGUCAGAUUUUGUCUCCUAAUCUUGCAACCCUUUGUGCCAAGAAAGGGCUUUUAUUUGUUCCACCAAACAUUGACAGAAGAACUGUGGAACUGAGGUUGGCAGACAAUUUUGUUACAAAUAUUAAAAGGAAAGAUUUUGCCAAUAUGACCAGCUUGGUGGACCUGACUCUAUCCAGGAAUACAAUAAGUUUCAUUACACCCCAUGCUUUUGCUGACUUACGAAAUUUGAGGGCAUUGCACUUGAAUAGCAACAGAUUGACUAAAAUUACAAAUGACAUGUUCAGUGGGCUUUCCAACCUCCAUCAUUUGAUACUGAACAACAAUCAGCUGACUCUAAUUUCGUCUACAGCAUUUGAUGAUGUCUUUGCCCUUGAGGAGUUGGAUCUGUCCUAUAAUAAUUUAGAAACAAUUCCUUGGGAUGCUGUUGAGAAGAUGGUUAGCUUGCACACCCUUAGUUUGGAUCACAAUAUGAUUGAUAACAUUCCUAAGGGGACUUUCUCUCACUUGCACAAGAUGACUCGGCUAGAUGUAACAUCAAAUAAAUUGCAGAAGCUACCACCUGACCCUCUCUUUCAGCGAGCUCAGGUACUAGCAACCUCAGGAAUCAUAAGCCCAUCUACUUUUGCAUUAAGUUUCGGUGGAAACCCUUUGCAUUGCAAUUGUGAAUUGUUAUGGUUGAGGCGCCUGUCCAGAGAAGAUGACCUAGAGACCUGUGCUUCUCCAGCACUUUUAACUGGGCGUUAUUUUUGGUCAAUUCCUGAGGAAGAGUUUCUGUGUGAGCCUCCUCUCAUUACUCGUCAUACACACGAGAUGAGAGUCCUGGAGGGUCAAAGGGCAACCCUGAGGUGCAAAGCUAGGGGUGACCCUGAACCUGCGAUUCACUGGAUUUCUCCUGAAGGGAAGCUUAUUUCAAAUGCAACAAGAUCUCUGGUGUAUGAUAAUGGAACACUUGACAUUCUUAUAACAACUGUAAAGGAUACAGGUGCUUUUACCUGCAUUGCUUCCAAUCCUGCCGGGGAAGCAACACAAACAGUGGAUCUUCAUAUAAUUAAGCUUCCUCACCUACUAAACAGUACAAACCAUAUCCAUGAGCCUGAUCCUGGUUCUUCAGAUAUCUCAACUUCUACUAAGUCAGGUUCUAAUGCGAGCAGUAGUAAUGGUGAUACUAAAAUAAGUCAAGAUAAAAUUGUGGUGGCAGAAGCAACAUCAUCUACAGCACUACUUAAAUUUAAUUUUCAAAGAAAUAUCCCUGGAAUACGUAUGUUUCAAAUCCAGUACAAUGGUACUUAUGAUGACACCCUUGUUUACAGAAUGAUACCUCCUACGAGCACAACUUUUCUUGUCAAUAACCUGGCUGCUGGAACUAUGUAUGACUUGUGUGUCUUGGCAAUAUAUGAUGAUGGCAUCACUUCCCUCACUGCCACAAGAGUCGUGGGUUGCAUCCAGUUUACUACGGAACAGGAUUACGUGCGAUGCCAUUUCAUGCAGUCCCAGUUUUUGGGCGGCACCAUGAUUAUUAUUAUUGGUGGAAUAAUUGUAGCAUCCGUGCUGGUUUUCAUCAUCAUUCUCAUGAUCCGGUAUAAGGUGUGUAACAAUAAUGGGCAGCACAAGGUCACCAAGGUUAGCAAUGUCUACUCUCAAACUAAUGGGGCGCAGAUCCAAGGCUGCAGUGUAACACUGCCCCAGUCCAUGUCCAAACAAGCUGUGGGACAUGAAGACAAUGCCCAGUGUUGUAAAGUUGCCAGUGACAAUGUGAUUCCAUCUUCAGAAAUGUGUCCAAGUCAGGACUCCUCUACCGCUACCUCUGCUUUGCCUCCUACCUGGACUUCAAGUACUUCUGUGUCCCAGAAGCAGAAACGAAAGACAGGCACAAAGCCAAGUAUCGAACCACAGAAUGAAGCUGUCACAAAUGUUGAGUCCCAAAACACUAACAGAAACAACUCAACUGCAUUGCAGUUAGCUAGUCGACCUCCUGAUUCGGUCACAGAGGGGCCCACAUCUAAAAGAGCACAUUCAAAGCCAAGUAAGUUUCUCACUUUGCCUGCUGAGAGAUCCAGAGCAAGGCACAGGUAUUCCCUGAAUGGAGAAAUAAAGGAAUACUAUUGUUAUAUAAACUCACCAAGCACAUGUGGACUGUUUUCUAAAAGAAGCAUGUCUAUGAAUGGGAUGUUAAUUCAGUCCAUCAGUUCUGAUGGGCAUAGUGGAAAAGCAACUUUUUCAAAAUCUGAGUGUAUAUUGGAAAGCACUGUGUAACCUAUUAUUUUGUUUUAAUGAAAACGUUAUUUUGAAAACUCACAUAGGAAAUUGGAAUUUGAAAUUUUAGUCCUGUCUCUCUGACACAUAGCUAGUAGAGUCAAGGUGUAAAACCUUUUAGGAUACAGUUAUUUAUAUAUAAAUUUAUACCUGAAUUUAUAUAUAUAUUUUUUAAAAAGUUAGGAAGAAAAAGCAUGACAUAGCAGUGCCUUCCUCUAUUUUAGAAUUGGCUUCUAGGUUCUGUAAUAGCAGAUCACAAAAUGAAAGUUGUCGUAGGAAAAAUAAUGUCUUGCAUAAAUAACGAUAUUUCCUCCAGUCUUACAAAGGACCACCUAUGGAUGAUUGGUAUUUUUCAAUGAGUAGAUUGUCUAUUUUCUUUCAAUGACAGUGGUGUUUGUUUUUAGGCAAAUAUUGUAGAGAACAACUCUGUGUUGUUAUGUUAUUUAAAAUAAAAUAUUCAAUAACUUUUACCAGACAGUGUUAAAAUAAGUACCCUUCUAAACAACAUUCUUGGUUCAGGUACCUUAAUCGUUUUAUGAUACUUCUUAUCCAGGACACAGUUUUUUCAGUGGGAAGCAGAAGAAAUGCAGUUGGUUCUGCAUUUAACAACAACAAAAAAUACAGUUCAGGUUUAAGUUACAUGCCACAAUUUUAUAUUCAUCACCUGGGCGUGUGAAGGUGUUUUCAUUCAUUUAAUACACAUUUGUUGAUCGAAUGAGUUUUAUCUUUUUCUUA